AAUUGGCCAGUCUGGUCUGUCUGUAUCAGACUGUCUGGUGAAAUCUACCUCUGAUGGACACCUCCUACACUGUGCAAAAGCCCAGGUCACGUCACCUCCAGCUGUGGAAGAAACGGAGCUGCUCCAGAAGCUUUACCAUCUCCUGGAAGCCAAGGGGUUUCAGACAAGGAUGGAAGGAGUGGAACUCCUCCUAGACCUGUGCAAAACCAGCCCCCAGCUCAUCUCCACUAACAUUGCCCAAAUUUUUGAAUAUUUUGUCCUGAGAAUAUCUGACAGCCACAAGAAAGUGAAGCAGAGGGCACUGGACGUGCUGGCUGAAAUCACAGGGGCCCUGAAAGAUGCUUUGAACCCGGUGAUCAUUGGUUUGGUGGAGGGAAUAACAAAGAACCUGAACUCAAAGGAUCCCAGGAUUCGUGGGGCAGCUGUGAAAGCACUGGGAGAAUCCAUUGCUCAUUUGGAUAAAGUGUCACUGCUGAAAGAGUUCAGCUACCAAUGGAAUCACCUGAGUGGCCAAGCCCUGCUGGAUGUCACUGAGUGUAUCACAGUGCUGGUGCAGGGGGUUCAUGCCAGGAGCCCUGAAGUCGUCCAGCGCGACGCCCUGCCCGUGCUCUGGUCCUUCCUGGGGAACAAGGCGCUGCCUGUGCGGAGCGCCAACGUCCGCACCAUGGCCACCAAGCUCGCCUCUGCCCUCUACAAGGUGAUGGGCACUCAGCUGAAGAAAUGUGCUGCCAGCAAGCCUCCACAUGUGCGGGAAAACCUCUCCAAAAUAUUGGGCUGGUGAAGAUCUGGCUGGUUAUAGUCUUGCCAAGAAGUUUUCUCCAGACUCUUCCCAUAUUCCCUCACCCACAAAGUCCUCGUCUCCUGUCCAGAAGAGCUCUUUCCUCCAAGCUCAAGAAGAAGCUGCCGCCUGUAUGAAGAGUGUUUGAAGAAUAGGAUUGAUAUGUUAGGCUUCAUAGUUACAGAUGUACAUAUGUUCUGAUCUUUAGAUAUAGUUUUGAAUUAAUGUGUUUUGAUUGUAUCUUUAAAAUUUGAUUACAUAUUUUAAUUGUAUAUAUUUUUGAUGAUGAAAAGAAAAUAAAUAGAUAAAUAAAUAAAAUAUAAAUAAACCAAGAGAAGAAUGUGAGACCAGGACCUG